AAGAAUGCGAGUGGAUCCAAACAGCGUUAUAAUCGUAAAAGAGAAACUUCAUAUUCAAAAAAUGAGAACUUUUCCAGUCAGUCCCGUCGCUCCAAUUCACAGAAAAGCAAAGCUUUUAACAAGAUGCCCCCUCAAAGGGGAGGUAGUGGCGGAAGUGGCAGACUUUUUAGCUCUUGUAAUGGUGGAAGACGAGAUGAGGUAGCAGAGGCUCAGCGGGCAGAGUUCAGCCCUGCCCAGUUCUCUGGUCCCAAGAAGAUUAAUCUGAACCACUUACUGAACUUCACUUUUGAACCCCGUGGCCAAGCAGGCCAUUUUGAUGGGAAUGGACAUGGCAACUGGGGAAAAAGGAACAAGUGGGGACAUAAGCCUUUCAACAAGGAGCUCUUCCUACAGGCCAACUGCCAGUUUGUUGUCUCUGAAGAACAGGACUACACAGUCCACUUUGCUGAUCCAGAUACCUUGGUCAACUGGGACUUUGUGGAGCAAGUGCGUAUUUGUAGCCAUGAAGUGCCCUCCUGCCCAAUAUGUCUAUACCCACCAACUGCAGCAAAGAUCACCCGCUGUGGGCAUAUCUUUUGUUGGGCAUGUAUCCUUCACUAUCUCUCCUUGAGUGAAAAGACCUGGAGUAAAUGUCCUAUUUGUUAUGGCUCUGUUCACAAGAAGGAUCUCAAGAGUGUUGUUGCUAUGGAAACACGUCAAUACGCAAUUGGUGAUAUCAUUACAAUGCAACUUAUGAGAAGAGAGAAAGGUGUUCUGAUAGCACUGCCCAAAUCUCAGUGGAUGAAUGUGGUGCAGCCUGUUUACGUGAGAGAUGACCAGCACAGUCAGUAUUCAAAGCUGCUUCUGGCAUCCAGGGAGCAAGUCUUGCAGCUGGUGAUUCUGGAGGAGAAAGCGGCAUUACUAAAACAGUAUGAGGAAGAAAAACACACCCCAGAGGCUUGCUUUAUUGAGGCGGCUAUCCAGGAACUGAAGGAGCGAGAAACAGCACUUUCUGCUGACCAGGGUAAAAACAGUGGCAUUGCUGGAGUCAGUGCAGCUGUGGAAGAAUUGGUCCUAGAAAGCUCCAAGGUUGUGGAGCCUGCAGUUUCCCAAGAGAAAAAGUGUGGUGUGGAAUAUCUCUCUGCAUUUGAUGAGGAGCUUGUGGAGCCUUGCUCUGAUCUGGCAAGCUCCUUUUCACCUCCUGUGGAAGCAGAAGAGGCAGUACUGGUUGAAGAGGAAGUACCUGAGGUGGACACUGUAGGGGAAUCUGACACGAACACUACAGAAGAACCAAAUCCAGCUGAAACAGGCUACCAAGAAUCAAAAGAUAGAGUUAGCAGUGGACAUCUUAACAACUCUCCUUUUUACUAUUUCUAUCAAGCGGAGGAUGGACAGUGUAUGUAUCUUCACCCUGUGAAUGUUCGAUGUCUUGUUCGUGAAUACGGUAGCUUGGAGAAGAGCCCAGAGAAGAUAACUGCAGCUGUAGUGGAGAUAACUGGCUACUCAAUGACAGAGGAUAUAAGACAGCGUCAUCGUUACCUCUGUCACUUGCCCCUCACCUGUGAGUUCAGCAUUUGUGAACUGGCCCUGAAGCCACCCAUUAUCUCUAAGGAGACUUUAGAGUUGUUUUCAGAUGACCUUGAAAAGAGGAAACGUCUACGGCAGAAGAAAGCUCGUGAUGAACGACGACGUGAACGCAGAAUUGAGAUAGAAGAAAACAAGAAACAGGGCAAAUAUCCAGAGGUCCAUAUUGCUUUAGAGAAUCUGCAGCAGUUCCCCGCUUUUACCUCUUGUCCCGGAGAAACUACCAGCAUUGAUCAUCAGAGCUUCCGUCUGUCUCCUCUUGGCAGAAGCCCUGUGUUUCAGACAGAGUCUAUUCCAACUCCACUGUCACCUGCUGCCAGCCAGGUCAGCCCGUUGCUCUGUGGGAGUUUAGAAGAAGAGUCUCCCUUCCCUUCCUUUGCCCAGAUGUUGAGAGUUGGAAAGGCAAAACCGGAAACAUGGCCCAAACCUGCUCCAAAGGCAAGAGAUGAGAACACUCUGGCACUCCCUGUGCCUGUCGAUAGUGAUGGAGAGAGUGACAGCUCUGACCGCAUACCUGUGCCCAGCUUCCAGAAUUCCUUCAGCCAAGCUAUUGAGGCUGCUCUCCUGAAACUGGACAAACCGUCCACAGCUGAUCACUUAUCAGAGGAAAAGGGAGGCAAGAAAAGAAAGAAACAGAAGCAGAAGCUAUUGUUCAGCACCUCUGUUGUUCACACAAAGUGAUUCUGCUAUUCAAGAGAAGUUUCCUCUCCUGGUUUUCUUUUCAUUUUGCUUUGUUUUGCUGCUAUAGUUUAAGUAUUUAAAUUUGAACAGACUAAACUUGUGUUUCCAGGGCUUCUAGGGGGGUUCAGGAGGAAACCAUGACAGUAUAUGUUGAAACAAGAUCUUUUUAUUCCAACUGCUUAAUCAGUUUAUACUGAAACAAAGUUUUGAAAGAAACAACCCAGAGACAAAUCAGCUAAGACUUCUAGUCUGUGCCAAUUUGGUUCUUUUGGCCAAAUAAGCAGUAUAAAAGUCUUCACAGCUGUGUGGCACUGCCGGAAUACUGCAAUAUUACCUAAGUGAAGAGGCAGAGAGCCUU